AUGACUGCCAGCAAAAGACAUACAUAUUAUGGAGGCGGAAGCAUAUCAUAUGAAAGAACCAAUAAUAGUGAACAUGAUAAGACACAACGACCCCAGGACCAUCAAGGGCCGAAACAUCGCAAACAUGUAACGUUCGGACCCUAUGUCAUCGGGGCCACACUUGGAGAGGGAGAGUUUGGAAAAGUAAAACUUGCCUGGUCGAAAUCGGCAUACCAACAGUGUGAUAACACUGAAGGUAAUGCCGGAAACAAGCCAAUGACUUUCAAAGUUCCUAAGCAAGUAGCGAUCAAAUUGAUCAAACGUGAUUUCAUAACAAAGGACCCUUCAAAAGAAACAAAAAUAUACAGAGAAAUUAACGCACUAAAGCAUUUAUCACAUCCAAAUAUUGUCAAACUCGAAGAAGUUCUACAAAACUCAAAAUAUAUAGGAAUUGUUCUAGAAUAUGCCGCUGGAGGUGAAUUCUACAAGUUUAUUCAAAGGAAGAGGAGAUUAAAAGAGAACCACGCUUGCCGAUUAUUCUCUCAAUUGAUAAGUGCUGUGCACUACAUACACUCUAAAGGACUGGUCCAUAGAGAUUUGAAACUUGAAAACUUAUUGCUGGACAAUGAGGAAAACUUAAUAAUUACUGAUUUUGGUUUUGUUAACGAAUUUCUACGACAGAACGGUAUGAUGAAAACAUCAUGCGGAUCUCCAUGCUAUGCUGCACCAGAAUUGGUUGUUUCAAACAGGCCUUACGAUGCAAGAAAAGCUGAUACGUGGUCUUGUGGAAUUAUCUUGUUUGCUAUGCUUGCUGGUUACUUGCCUUGGGAUGAUGAUCCAAAAAAUCCAGAUGGCCACGAUAUAUCAAGGUUAUACAAUUACAUUCUCAAUACCCCUCUGAAGUUUCCAGAAUACAUCAAUCCUGUACCUAGGGAUUUACUGAGAAAAAUACUUGUCAUAGAUCCAAAGAAGAGAAUAAACAUAAGGUCAAUAGAAAAGCACCCAUGGUUAGAGUCUCACUCGACAUUCUUGUCAAUAACCCCAGAUGAAUGGGACAGACUUUCUAAUACGAAAAAUAUAUACAGAAAAUCUAAACCCCAAUUUUAUCCCAACAAGAGGCCUGGCUCAACUUAUUCCAACUAUUCUUCUGGUUCAAAAGACAAUAAGCGUGACUCUUUAAUUAUUGAUUCAGCCUUGGUGAGCUUACCAGUACCACCAAAAGAAUUCCAAUCUCAUAUUUUGGCACGCCCUUCUUCUUUAGUUGUAGAAAGCCGAUAUUCUCCACUCGGUAAACGAAAUGGCCAUAAUAGAAGCAACUCAGCGGCAUCUGCUGCUUUACAGGCAGUAUUUGAUGCAAGUGAGAGAGAAUCCUUGAAGAGUGUUGAUUCAAAACCAAGGUCUAGAAGUAAUGACCAUAAAGAUAUUAUUGAAGGCAUACAGCCUCAGAAACAUGCGUUUGUAAAGCCAUCUAGAAAGGUACGUCCAACUUCUAUGCAAGCGCCUGGAUCUUCUUACAUUCACCAUGGAAACUUUGAAGGUCUUCAUGAGCUAAUGAAAAGAGACAAUAGUACAGCUUCUUCUCAUCAAACUUCGAUAUCUUCUGAGGCUCGUAUCUUCGAUGCUUCACCAACUUUAAUACCCGAUCUAACAAAGUCUCCAAGCUCCUCAACGGGUAACUCACCAAAACUUCUCCCAAGGAAAUCCUUCACUGUCAGCAAGCCUUUAUUGGACUUAAAAUUUGCCUCUGCAGAUAUCAUCAAAGCUAAUGAGAGCACAGAUUCACUUUCAAAGCGUAUCCAUGACCAAAUAUAUGAAGUAGAGCAUCCAAGACAAAGAAGACAUAGCUAUAGAUACAGUGGGAUUAUUAGCGAUUUGAUAUUUGGGACAUUAUCAGAAGAAGGUGAGAUAAACACAUUUGAGAAUAAGGAUCAUAAAUCAGAUGCUGAAGAAUCAGAAAUGACAAUUUCAGAAUCAAAACUAGAUUCUGUUUCAAUAUGCUCGCAACAAAGUAAUAUACACCGGAACAUUAGCAAACAAGCAAGCUCUGUUAGCCUGCUGAGGACAACAAGUAACCACAGCACGAAUAAUCUAAAUGUGGGAUCUCGUACCUACGGAAGGGCGGAGUUAUAUGAUAAGAGACAUUUGAGGCAAAUACCUUCAAAUACACUAAAUCAGAUUAAUGCACCGGGCAACACUCAUAGAAACUCCGCUAUAUAUUCUGAAGACGACAAAAGGAAAUCUACUGCGAAGCGAGUAUUUGAAUUUUUUAAAAGAAGAAGUAUGAGAGUUUAA